AUGGAAGAAGAUAGAAAAACCAAGCUGGAUGCCCUUGCAGAAGAGCAAGAAAACGAUGAUGAGGAUGAGAAGAUCGAGAAGUUCUUCGCAAUAAUAAAAAGGCUUCGAGAUGUUCGCAAGUAUUCGACAAACAGUUUGCGUGUACAGGAGGCACGUAAGAUAGCAAAUAAGGCAAAGAAGGUUCAAGCAUCUGUAUGGACUCCAAAGUUUCAACCGGAAGAUUUUGAGGAGCCAGGAGAUGAAAUAGAGCACAUGGGCUAUGAUAUGCUUGGGAAUAGUUUAAUUUCAAGAUGCAUGAAACUUAUGAUGGAGCAAUGUUAG